UUAUUUUAGAAUUCCAAAUGAAUAUUUAAAGCAAUACUAAACGUCUUAAUUGUUCAUUUAUAAAAUAAAAGAAACAUCAAAGCGGACAUCACGUCUCCGAAAAAGGAGGUUCCCACAGACCCCACCUAUUUCCUCCGGCCAAUCCCGAGGUUUUUGCUGGUAUGCUAAGGAUUGUUUGCAGUUAAGCGGACGGACGGGUUUUUCAGUGAAAGGAGAUUUCCCCUCGACAGGGCUCAACAGUCCUCAUUUAUAUCCUAGAAAAUGCAAGCCUUUUGGAUUCUGCUCGUGGCCGUUCAUGUUACAUACUCCUAUGCUGCUAUUACUUCAGCUAAAACACAUCAUGAGCAACUGAUGUAUGGUGAAAGGCUAAGUAUCAAGCUGCCAGUUGGGGCUGAAAAAUUGCAGUUUACCUCUCCAGAUGAAACAAAACAGGAUGUCUUGUGGUCCAGGCUUUCUUCGCCCAAAAGGGGAGUAGUAACAGGAAGAGAUGAUGACAGAAAAUUUAUAAUUUAUUCUGUCACAUUUGAUGAUCAAGGAAUCUACACCGUGGUGAACUUCUGGGGAAAAAAGUUAGCUGAUUAUUUGGUGAAAGUUGUGACUAAAAGGAGUUCCCAGGAUUGUGUGGCUGGUGAAACUUUUAAAAUUACCCUGGGUGAUCUUAGGAGGAAUGACGCCACACUACAUUUUUCAAACGAAGAUUUCAACCUGACUCUGGUGAAGCAUGGAUCACCUGUGGGCAACUCGCACCCUGACUACUUGGGUCGGAUCCGGGUCACUGAUUACAACAUUGAGGUGCUCAACGUCAAUGUAUCAGAUGUGGGCAACUACACGCUCACAGAUCGUCUGAAUCGCACAGCAAACCUCAUCUUUAUGAACUUGGUUGAUAAACAUCCAGGGAUUGGUGCAGGUCCUUUGGCAGCCCUUCUGCUGUUGUUUGGUAUACCACCCUGCAUUUGCUGCUGCUGUAGAAAGAGAAUUUGUAAAAAGAGCGGCCAAACCACUACCGCAAACACCACCACUGUGAAGUUGGACGGCCAAGUGAUUCCUCCUGGGCCUCCACCAGCCUACGUCAGCCUACCAGCAAACCCCACGCCGGGCUAUACUCCUGGUUACCCCACUGUAGGGGAGAAUAUUGUUCACCCUCCUCCUAAUCCUACAUUUCCUCCUCAACCUCAACCACCCUACAGUGGAUAUCCUGCAGCAUCACCUACUAUUCUCCCUAACCCUGCCUUUGAUCCCAAUCACAGCAACCAGAAUCCCCUUUACCCUCCUGUAUCUGGCUUUGAUCCAGCUCAGCCACCUCAGUGGAGUGGUGCUCCCUACAACCAACCUGGUCCCGCUGGUUUUUCUCCAGUUGUGUAUAAUGCUCCCUCUGGCCCUCAGCCAGUAAACGCAGAAGUAAAUCCUACAACUCCACUCCUCACACCUCCACAGCCUCAGAAUCCAGCCCAGUACACUGGUCCAGAUGUACUUAAAUCCUCUGACUCCAAUAUUCAGUUCAACAUCAAUAAGGCAACUGAUACAAGUGCCAACUUCCUGUAAUUUCUGCUCCCUCCCUACAAAAAACAUGCACUUGUUCAGUAUACUGAUGCAUAGGAUAUACAAUAAGGUAGACUGGAAACUCAAAUUUUACUUAGGCCUUACUAGUAUGUAGGUGUUUUUAGCUAAUGUAUUAUGUUUAUACAAUUUGAGUACAUGAAUUUUUUUUUUAAUGUUUGUUUUUUAGGCAAGAAAUUUUUCAAAUACGUUUUUUUUUUUUAAUCCAUCAGUGGAUUUUUUUUUAACCUUUACAUGAUUAAUUAAAAAAAAGAAAAUCGUUGUGAAUUUGUGAUACUGAGUGAAAUUCUUUACACAGACAUUGUGAUUGAAUGCUACAUAUGUCAACAUUUAAAUAUAUAGUCGAAUGUACUUAGAAACACAGACUGCAUGAAAAUAAGGCAUUGCUAUAAAAACAAGCCUAUUAAAAUGUGUACUUAUUAUCAUCA